AUGGGGAGGUACCAAACCAGGUUGCCUUUCGCCCUUGUGUUGGUAAUACUGGCGAGUGCGAUCUCCACCACCAUGUCGCAACCACCAACAUCACCCAACCUCUCUCCUACGCCACCCAUAGCCUCCAAUGCUACGACUUUAGCUUUUUUUGUAAUGAGUUUCUUUCCACCAACACAAUCACCAUCACCUCCUCCUACAAGUAUUAGUACUCCAAGUACAACCCCUACGCCUACUACCCGAAGUAAUGCUCCCAGCACAACCCCUACACCGCCUACGCAGAACGUCCCCUCGCCACCACAAUCGCCGAAUUCAGUCCCACUACCGCCCCCUUCACCAUCAGGCAUUGUCUCUUCACCGGUGGCUCCAGAGGAAACUCCACCUCCCUUAUUAAGCGUUGUCCGUCCACCACCAGCUCCAACCAGUUCUAUUCCCCAACAAAAGAGUAUUCCAUUUGAUAAAAUAACUGAAUUUUUUCAAAGUUCAUCACCUGCAUUUCCACCCAAAAAGAAUGUUCCAAACCCAUCACCUGAAAUUACACCUUCAUUGGAAAAUGAAGUCCCAUCACCAUCCAAUGUAAAUCCUCCUCCAUCACCACCAAGUCCACCACCUCCUUCUCCAGAGGCGACUGAAGUCCCAUCAUCAACACCACCUCUAUCAGAUGAAAUUCCAACUCAAUCACCUCCUGUGGAAGAUCAAAUCCCAUUAUCAUCUUCGCCUCCACAACCAGACGAUGCUUCACCUGCUAAUCCACCACCAACGGAGGUGGAUGAAGUUCCGCCUUCUUCAGUGACACCUGUCGAUGAUAUUCCAGUUCCCCCGUCACGGGAUGAUAAUAAUGAUGAUGUCCCACCACCACCGGUGGUAAACACCACACCAUCCAGAGAUGAUAACAAUGAUGAUGUCCCACCACCGCCGGUGGUAAAUACCACACCAUCCGAUCCCCAGACAGAUGACUAG